UAUCAAAACAGUGGAAAAGGAUGAGCGCGGGACAGGUGUCUGAGGGCCCGGGUUGCAUCACUUGGUGGGGCUUCAGUCCAGCGUGCGACUUGCUAACUGCGGGCCCUGUCAGAUAUGAAGGACAUGUCAAUGUUUUACUGGUUGGCAGUGGGGAUCCAAGACAUAUUUUGAAGACCAUUGCUGGUUUGCAGGACAAGCAAAGUCUUCAUGUAUGGGUGAUAGAAAACAGCAUGGAGGUGGUGGCUAGGCAGCUCUUGCUUCUUUACCUAGCACUGGUGCCCAAGGAAAUCAUGGGAAUUAAUGAGAAGACAGAGGUUUUCCUGGAGGUGUUUGGAAAUAGUGAAAUUCGCAGUCAGACAGAGGAGACACUGCGACAAGCAGCAUCGCAGCUCUCUCUGUUUGUUACUGAAACACUGGAAGCAGCCAUGCAUGCCUGCCUGGACACAGCUCUUCUCAAGUUUAAGGAGCGAGAUGAGCUAGCCAGGAUAUUCAAGUUGUGGAUUCAGUCAUCCUUGUCUGAGCCUGCUCCUGUGUUAAUGGCCAAAGCCUGGGAUUAUCGGGUCAGGCAACAUCUAGGUACCCGCUAUGACUCCAAGAAGGGCUGCUUUGACUGGGACCUUACAAUGAAGCUGCAUGAGAAAGGGUGUGGUGUCAUUAACAAACACCAGUAUGUGCGAUGGAGAGCGCAGGGAUUGGCAUUUGAAAUGAGGGAAGGUAUCUACCAAAUAACCAAUCCAACUUUGCUCUCAUCCAGAAUUUUUAGUCGGAGAGGAGACAAAGUGGCAGUGAGAGGUUACUGGGGAGAUAUUGUAUCUAGUCCGUAUAUUUCCUUUGGAAUUGAAACUGAUGACAAGAGUCUGCUGAAGACACAGAAUGGGCAACACAUCAAGACAGCCCAGGAUAUUUCCUUUGCAAACCUCCAAGCAUUAUUCCAGUCUCUGUCCAGUAGAAGGAGCUGCCUUGUUACUUCUCAAUCAGACACCGAGGCAGAGGAUGCAUCCACACAUCCUGACCAGAAACCUGUCAGGAUUAACGACUUGAUGGAUGUAAAUGGGGUCUCUGUGACAUUCCUGCCUUUGGAUUCACUUCAAAAACUGUGGGAAAAAAAGAAAUACUCACAAUACUUCAACAUAAUUUACUUCUCUACCAGCUGUGUGCACCAGUUGCACCCCAUGAUGAGACAGAUUGCAGCACCAGACGCUCUGCUUGUCGUGGAAUUGGCCAAGUACAUUUUAGAUCUGAACAAAGAGCAGGAAGCAGGCUUUGCGAAGAGAGUGGCUUGCAUGGCUCUGGAGGCUGGAUUUGAACCGUGUUGUGAGGGGAGCAGCAAUGAUGCCCAUGCAGUUUUCAUUCAGCAGAAGGAUUGAAGGUGGUUUAUUUCAUAACAGCGGUUUAUUCUUCUCCUGUUGCAAGCAGCCAUCAUAAAAUUGCAGCAAGUUAGCUUAAUGUUUUUUUGGGUUUUUUUGUUUGUUUUUUUGUACUUUUUAUACUUUUACUUCUCCUUCAUAAGCUUUUUUUUAAAUUAUCACAAAAGGAUAAAAAGUAUAUAUAAAUGGAAAGACAUCCCUAAGUGUCAUGAUAGUCAUACACAAUAGCACAGUAUCUCACUAUCC